GAGAAGAUUAUCGUGACUGUAACGUUGUUUGCAAAGUGGUCAGGAAUCAAGCACUUUCACUCCUACAAAAUAAGUGAAAUUCUCUCACAUUCUGACGUUAUGUAACGCGUGAAUGUAGUUAAUAUGGGUUUACUUCGAAAGAGGAGGCUUCUCAGAACGGAAAUCCGCCCUGUGCUGUUGCUGUUGCUGCUAGCUUCAUAAGAGCUGCUACUGCGGCAUCGACCUUGGCUGGCUGAGGAUGGCAGGGAAAGCGUGGAGGUCAGCGAUUCUUAAUCUACUAAGAACAUGGCUCAGUGGCAAGGAUAAAAUCAAGGCACAGGAAGUGUCAUGGGCGGUCGGAGCUGUGAAGAGAGAGACUCCACAGGCCAGGACUUUCACCCGUGGGAUUCAAACUGUUACUCUAAUCCCCGGGGAUGGGAUUGGUCCGGAGAUCUCCACUGCUGUUAUGAAGAUAUUUGAGGCAGCUGAGGCUCCUAUCCAGUGGGAGGAGAGAAAUGUUACAGCCAUCCAAGGACCUGGUGGCAAGUGGAUGAUCCCUCCUGAUGCCAAAGAGUCGAUGGACAGGAACAAAAUUGGCCUAAAAGGUCCUUUGAAGACGCCAAUAGCUGCUGGCCACCCAUCUAUGAACCUGCUGCUGAGGAAAACCUUUGACCUCUAUGCCAAUGUGCGUCCGUGUGUGUCCAUCGAGGGCUAUAAGACCCCGUACACUGAUGUGAACCUGGUCACCAUCAGGGAGAACACUGAGGGAGAAUACAGUGGGAUUGAACAUGUGAUUGUUGAUGGAGUUGUACAGAGUAUUAAGCUCAUUACAGAGCAAGCCAGCCAACGCAUUGCAGAUUAUGCUUUCGAAUAUGCCAGAAAUAACCAGAGGGCCAGUGUUACUGCUGUUCAUAAGGCCAAUAUUAUGCGCAUGUCAGAUGGGCUCUUCCUCCGGAAAUGCAGAGAGGCUGCUGAAAAGCACAAAGAUGUGAAAUUCACUGAGAUGUACUUGGAUACUGUGUGCCUUAAUAUGGUACAAGAUCCCACACAGUUUGAUGUAUUAGUGAUGCCAAAUCUGUAUGGAGACAUUCUGAGUGAUCUCUGUGCUGGACUUAUUGGAGGCCUCGGAGUGACUCCGAGUGGAAACAUUGGUGCCAAUGGUGUUGCCAUAUUUGAGUCGGUUCAUGGGACUGCCCCAGAUAUAGCUGGAAAAGACAUGGCCAACCCGACCGCCUUGCUGCUCAGUGCGGUCAUGAUGUUGCGGCACAUGGGCCUGCAUGGCCACGCCAAGAAGAUUGAAGCUGCCUGCUUUGACACCAUUCGAGACGAAAAGGUACGCACAAAAGACCUGGGAGGAAACUCAAAGUGCUCGGAAUUCACUGAAGCAAUAUGUCAAAGAGUGCGAGAUAUGCAGUAAAAGGAUGCUGAUGGGGCUGUGAGUUAUUCGUUAGGGUCUUUUCAUCAUGUCAUGCUUUAUCUGCACAUUUUAAACCAAAAUACGUAUUUAAAAAAAAGACUCAGGAGUUUGGGAUCCUGAAUGUUUUAUUUUUCUCAGCACACUCAAAAGCACUGUCUUAAAACUCUUGAGCAGCAUUUAGUGUAUGUGAUACGCAUUUUAUGCCUGAACUGUUUAUGUGGUGGAUGUUGUCUAUUUAUUGGCUAUACUUGGCCCUUUGUCUAAUGUAUUUGACACUGUUAUUUCAAUAUUAAACACACAAUCUGUAACGCCCAUUAUAAAUCAAGAAACAUUCUAAAUUUGUGUCAAACCUGUCAGAAAAUAUUUCAAAUACAUGUGGUUAAAAAAUACAGAUUAGGGCUGUAACAACUUAAAUAUAAUCAAGCUUCCGUACGUGAUAUUUACCAAUGUUCUGCACUUUUUUCAUGUCAUUCUGUUUUCCUCGAAGCAAAUAACAUGAAUGUAUAAAGAAAAAUGAAUAUAACAAUGA